AUGCCAGUACGAAAUGAGGUGUCUUAUGCUGCAAUGGUUACGAGUUUUGUUAAUAUAGGAAAGUUUGAUAAGGCUGAAGAACUGUAUGCUGAGACGCCUAUGAAUUGGUGUGAUCCUGUUUGUUCAAAUGCUUUGCUAAAUGGGUAUUUGAAGAUGGGGAGAUUGGAUCAGGCGAUUAGGGUUUUUGAGGGCAUGGUGGAGAAAGAUGUGGUUUCUUGGAGCUCAAUGGUUGAUGGGUAUUGUAGAAAUGGAAGACUUGGUGAAGCUAGAGUGUUAUUUGAUAGGAUGGAAGAGAAAAAUGUGGUUACUUGGACUGCUAUGAUUAAUGGCUAUGUGAAAAUGGGUUGUUUUAAAGAUGGGUUUGGAUUGUUUGUGCAGAUGAGGCGAAAAGAUGUUGUAAAGGUUGUCUCAAAUACACUGACCGUAAUUUUUGAAGCUUGUGGAAGACUCGGUAGAUAUGAAGAAGGGUGUCAAGUGCAUGGUUUGGUUUUGCGUAUGGGAUUUGAGUUUGAUUUUUUCUUAGGCAAUUAUGUUCUUAGUAUGUAUUGUAGGUUUGGUUGUAUAGAUGCGGCUAUUAAUGUAUUUUGUACGAUGAAGGAGAGAGAUGUGGUUUCUUGGAAUUCUCUAAUUGCUGGGUUUGUGACCAAUGGAGAAUAUGAGGUGGCUAUCUGUUGGUUCAUUGAUAUGCUUCAGCAAGCGGUCAGACCAAACCCUCUUACCCUAAGUUGUGUGCUCAGUGCUUCAGCUGGUUUGGCUACAUUAAACCAAGGCUUGCAAGUACAUGUUCAUGUUGUGAAAAUGGAUAUGGAACUAGAUUUGUCUAUCCUAAAUUCACUGAUCUCGAUGUAUUCGAAGUGUGUACCUAACGAGAUUACCUUUCUAGGAGUUAUUUCAGCCUGUACUCAUAUGGGAAUGGUAGAAGAAGGAUGGAGGUACUUCAAAUCCAUGAGAUACUCAUAUAAGAUUGAACCAGGGCCUGAUCACUAUGCAUGCAUGGUUGAUCUCCUCGGGAGGGCUGGUUUGCUGGAUCAAGCAAUUAAUUUUAUCACUUCAAUGCCAUUGGAGCCCCAUUCUGGGGUUUGGGGUGCUCUUCUUGGUGCAAGCAGGAACCAUGUGCAGCUUGACCUUACUAAACUUGCAGCUCAACAUCUUUCUGAAUUAGAGCCCCACAAUGCGGCUCCUUAUGUGGUUUUGUCCAACCUUUACUCUGUUUUAGGGAACAUGAAGAAUGAGGAACAAGUUAGAAUAGCUAAGAAAUUGAAAGGGAUAAAGAAAAGUCCAGGUUGUAGUUGGAUUAUGGUGCAGGACAAGGUUAACUUGUUCCAUUUUGGAGAUCGAUCUCAUGUAAAGUUUGAAGAGAUCAAAAGCAUAGUAUGGACAAUUUUGGAUGAAAUGAGAUGGUAA